CCCGUGGCUCGUGCUUGGUAGCGUUACAGUUUCAAGAAAAUGUACUGCCUGUAUCAUGUUUGUGGGAGCAAGCAACGGCGGUGGUCGUUCCUUCAACGACAUAAGUUCUAACACAACGAUGUCAGCCAUUGCCAGAAGCAUGGAUUUUUUUAACGACGUCAGGUCAAGCGAUGCUGAAGACAAUGGAAAGUUGUGCUGCCAAAAUGACACUGUUACAAGCAGUUCGAUUGGAUACAACAGACACCUUCUCGAAGCGGUGUUCGUGUCCGCAAUAAUCGCUGUCUUGGUUAACAUUGUCAUUAUUGUGGCAAUUCUGGUGGCCAGCAAACGGAACCGGUGGAAACCAGUCUACAUCUUGCUUGCUAAUCUCGCCAUGGCUGAUGUCUGUAGGAGCUUAUCCAUUAUCAGCAUUUUCGCUACGAACUUGGAUGCCACCAGUCGCUUGGACACCUCAUGGACAAAAGUGACUGAAUUUUUUCUGUUCUUCUCCGCCUCUUUCUCCGUGAACAGCCUUCUCGUCCUGACACUAGAGCGGUACUGGUUUAUUCUUCACGCGUUUUCGUACGAGUCCGUCUUCGCAAAUCGCGCUAAGCUAGCUAUCUUUGUUCUGUGGACAUGGCUAUGGAGCGGGGCGUUUUCUGCUGUAGCACUCGUCACAGGAAAACCCCGCGUUUCUUCUGAUGGACACGUUCUACCUGGCCCCGUAUGUCCUCAUUUACUAGUGGGAUUUUUAGUAAUCAUUCCAAUAAUCGCUAUUCUAAGUUUUAACACAGCGAUACUGUGUGUGGUUUGUCGUCAUCUUGGGUUCACAACAAGCCACAAUGUUGCAAACUCGCCGCCCGGAGUGAACAGAAAAACGGUAGUUACGGUCACCAUCAUCAUUGUGGUCGUCCUCUUCUCCUGGGUUCCACAGCUUGUGUCAUUAAGCUUGUGCACCAUGGGCGAUAUCACCGGCCCGGUGUCGGAGGUCAGCAUGCUGUUCCUCACGACCGGCUCCGUCGUGAACCCACUCGUCUAUGGGUUGAGAUUGAAGAAGAUUCGCGAGGCUGUCAUCUGGUUGCUGCCAUGCAACCUUCAAAACAAGGUGGACGCGUGGUAGAGCACCGGGAAAUAUUGUCAAUUCACUCUUUGAUUCGUCAAUGAAUGGUUUUAACAAUAUUCUCCAUUAAUACUAAUAAAUAGAAAAUAUUUCCUUGUGAUUGUGUGUAGUAAAUAUUGGACAAAUUUAUAUCAUUGUAUGUUGUUACAUACACUAGUACAUGUAAUUGUUAUGUCGAGAAGUCUGUCUAGCUGGUAAGACAGAGGUAAAAAGUGUACGUACAUCUAUUAAAUUAAGUCCAUACAUUUCCACACUCUCAAGGUGAAGGGAGACAGAGUGAGCGAUGGGAUCAUCUUAAAGUUGGAUUACGUAACUGAACUCUAGAGUUUGUUGGCAUGUGCAUUUAUGCUCAUAAAUUUGUAAUAUAUAUUUGUAAUGGUUCUACCCUUUUGUAUACCGUGCUGUACAAUGUGUAGAUCAAGAAAUUAUGUAAUGUUUAUAGCUAUUAAACUGUGCUUCAGAAACAAACAGUAUUUAUGAUA